AUGCAGACCUCCAGUUUAUCCGGAAAUAUCUACUGGAUGGAUCAGAACCUGGACAAGGAGAAGCUAAGUACUACUGGUGGAAUAGAAAAGUUGGUAAACUCAGAUGAUGUGUUUUAUCAUAUCAUUGCCAUCAAGAAGGCACUAGAGGUCGCUAUAGCCUUUGAAACAGCCACGAAGGAUGCGGUAGAGCUACAGAGACAACACGUGAAGACUCCAGUACAUAAGAUACGGAAAGAGAAAGUACAACAGCAAACUACCAAGAAACCUUCAUUUCCCAACAAGCAUGACAAGAAUAAGGUUUGUUAUCGUUGUAAAGGCACACACCACCCCAACGAUUGCCAUUUCAAAGACGCCAUUUGUCAUAAGUGCAAUAAAAAGGGACAUAUAAAGAAAGCGUGCUUGUCUGGUAAACCAUGGAAGAAGGGUGCUCCAGUACACAGAGUUCAAGAUGACAGUGGGUCUGAACCAGAGAUGAUCAGCUCACUAGAGAUAUUUGACAUUUCGAGCCGUUCAGGAGAAUCUGGCGGUUCUGAUGCCAUUUGGUUACACCCUAUGGUUGAUGAUGUUGAAUUGGCCAUGGAGUUGGACACUGGGUCAGCUGUGUCAAUUAUAAGUCAAUCAACAUUUGACCGGUACUUCUCUAAGAGAAAGAGUGAUAUUAGAGAAACAAAAGUGACACUUAAAACAUAUUCUGGAGAAAAACUGAGCCCACUUGGUGUUUUUGAAGUACAAGUUGGACUAAACACUCAACAUAAACGUCUGGAAUUGUUCGUGGUGAAACAUGGAGGACCUCCCUUGUUUGGGAGAGACUGGCUACGCAGUAUAAAACUGAACUGGCAUGAAAUUAAGACAGUUACGGUUACAAGUGGUUCGAAACAAACACUUAGUGUAGCUCAACAGCUUGAGAAAUAUCCAGAAGUGUUCAAGGAUGAGCUUGGUACCCUGAAGGACAUUACUGCCAGAAUAAAGGUAAAGGAAGGUGCUAACCCAAAAUUCUGUAAAGCGCGUACUGUUCCUUUCGCCUUGAAGGAAAAAGUUGACGCGGAGCUCAACCGACUGGUCGAAGCGGGCAUUUUGACCAAAGUUGAACAUUCAGAAUGGGCCACACCCAUAGUUCCUAUUCCAAAGCGGGACGGCAGCGUACGCAUAUGCGGUGAUUUCAAGGUCACGGUUAACCAAGUUCUUGACGUCGACCAGUAUCCCUUACCAAGGAUCGAUGACAUCUUCGCCACACUUGCUGGAGGUCAACAUUUCACGAAGAUAGAUCUAAAAAAUGCCUAUCUACAAAUGGUUGUACGCGAAGAGGACCAACCUUACCUGACAAUCAACACACACCGUGGCUUAUUUCGGUAUAACCGACUAGUAUUCGGUAUAUCAUCUGCUCCAGCAAUAUGGCAAAGGUCCAUUGAUCAAGUUUUACAAGGCGUGCCACGCGUACAAUGCAUUCUCGACGACAUGAUCGUUACAGGCACGACUGAUGAGGAACAUCUGGAAAAUCUUGAAACUGUACUUCAGCGGUUGGACCGUUACGGGUUACGUGUAAAUAAGGACAAAUGCGAGUUCUUCAAAGGCUCCAUUGAAUUUUGUGGACACACCAUCGACAAAGAUGGCCUGCACAAGACGCCUAGUAAGGUGGAAGCUGUGGUAAAAGCACCCUGCCCAGAAAAUGUAAGUCAACUCAAGUCUUUCCUUGGACUUGUGAACUAUUAUGCUAAGUUCAUUCAGAACUUGUCAUCGAUUGUAAACCCUCUCAACCAGCUACUAGAGGCCGACCGGAAGUGGGUAUGGUCUAAGGAGUGUGACGCAGCAUUCUGA